CUUGUGAAUAAACGAAAAAAUUAGGGACUUGAUUUGCCACUUGUAUAGACCUCGACGGCAUUUAUUAGACCUGUUCAGCCCCCCCGCCCAGGCUGAUUUUCAUCUUCUUAAUCUAAAUCUAAAUCUCACAUUCAUUUUGGAAGUCCAGAACCAAACAAGAUGCGCACGCGACGAACCAACACGCAACCCGUGGAAGACACCUCCGUCGCCCCCGAAACCUUCAGCGACGGCCUCCCUCUCCCCAAACUCAUCGCCUUCGACCUCGACUACACCCUAUGGCCCUUCUGGGUCGACACCCACGUCAGCGCCCCGAUCAAACCCCGCGACAAUAACUCGCGCUGCACAGACAAAUGGAACGAAUCCUUCACCUUCUACCCGGCCGUCCCCUCCAUCAUCCACAGCUGCAAGACCAAGAACAUCCCGCUGGCCGUGGCCUCGCGCACCCACGCCCCGGACCUGGCACGCGACAUGCUCAAGGCGCUGCACAUCAUCCCCACCUUCAGCGACAACCCCGCGGCGCACCGCACCAAGACCGUGCGCGCCCUGGACUACUUCGACCACCUCCAGAUCUUCCCGGCCACCAAGACGCAGCACUUCGCCAAGAUCCAGCAGGCGAGCGGGGUCGCGUACGAGGAGAUGCUGUUCUUCGAUGAUGAGGCGCGGAAUCGGAACGUGGAGACGGAGCUCGGGGUCACGUUUUGUCUGGUGAGAGAUGGGGUGACCAAGGCGGAGGUGGAUCGCGGGGUGUGGGCGUGGCGGAGGAGGAAUGGUAUCCGGAAGGAGGUGGAGGUUGGAGAGGGGGAGGGGGAGGGGGAGGAUGAGUAG